GAGCAGGCGCGCGCGGCGCGCUCGCCGGCGGCUGUCGCGGUGGCGGUGGCGGCGUGCAUCGCGCGCCUUCCACUGCCACCGCGCCGUCGUUCACACCGCUUCCAUCGCGAACGCGCCGCUGCUGCGGAGUCAGAGGCGACGCACACGGCGAGGCGGCAGCGUCGGUACCAUCGCACCCGAAGCGCUGGACGAGCGCCAGAGCCGCGCCACCUGUCCACCCGCAAAGUAAAACAACAUGACAGUGGUGAACGAGUGGGUGGCGGGGACGCGGCUGGGCAGCUGGGUCCAGCAGUGUCGCGAGUCGCGCCGAUUGGUGCUUGUCAUCGUCGCCAUCGCGCUUCUCUUGGACAACAUGCUCUUGACCACCGUAGUUCCAAUAAUUCCGGAAUUCCUGUAUGACAUCAACCAUCCGGAUGCGCCGCUGGACGCGCAGGUGGCACCAACAACGCCGCCAUUGUGCGAGAUGCGGCAAGAGAGCAAUCAUACGGAACUCAAUGCCACCACCGUCGCGCCGAUGGAAUACUAUAUGAAAUGUAACUGUAUAAGCGCAAACGGCACGACGAUGGAAGGCUGGUGUAAGGACUUAAGGCACAAGGAUUUGAUCGACGAGACGGUCGGCGUGGGGCUGCUGUUAGCUUCGAAGGCAUUUGUGCAGUUAUUGACGAAUCCGUUCGUCGGACCACUAACUCACAAAAUUGGCUACAGCAUCCCCAUGUUCGCGGGCUUCCUCAUUAUGUUUCUGUCUACAAUCAUAUUCGCGUUCGGUCGCAGCUACUGGGUGCUGUUCGUGGCCCGUGCCCUCCAAGGCGUUGGAUCGUCCUGCUCGAGUGUGUCCGGUAUGGGCAUGCUCGCUGAGCGCUACACCGACGAUAAGGAGCGUGGUAAUGCGAUGGGCAUUGCGCUUGGUGGUCUUGCGCUUGGGGUUCUCAUUGGACCACCAUUCGGGGGCAUCAUGUACGAGUUCGUUGGGAAAUCAGCACCGUUCUUGGUCUUGUCAGCGCUUGCCCUUGGAGACGGACUGCUACAGCUGCUCAUGCUGCAACCGACCGUGGUGCGUCAGGACUGCGACCCACCAUCAAUGAAAGCGUUGGUAACCGAUCCGUAUAUUAUCAUCGCCGCGGGUGCUAUUACCUUUGCUAAUAUGGGUAUUGCAAUGUUGGAACCAUCUUUACCAAUUUGGAUGAUUGACACUAUGCAUGCGGCGCGUUGGGAACAAGGAGCUACUUUUCUUCCAGCAAGUAUUAGUUAUUUGAUCGGUACGAACCUGUUUGGACCGCUUGGACAUCGCAUUGGACGUUGGUUGGCUUCAUUAAUCGGCUUGGUCGUGAUAGGCAUUUGUUUAAUCAGCAUACCCAGCGCUACCACAAUGAAUGAUUUGAUUUUACCGAAUGCUGGUUUAGGAUUUGCUAUUGGAAUGGUGGACAGCUCGAUGAUGCCCGAAUUGGGGUACUUAGUGGAUAUUCGACAUUCAGCUGUUUAUGGAAGUGUUUAUGCCAUUGGUGAUGUGGCAUUCUGCCUGGGAUUUGCUGUUGGUCCGGCAUUGAGUGGCACGCUGGUGAAGAAUAUUGGUUUCAAGCACAUGCUUAUUGGCAUCUCAAUUUUGAACUUCUUGUACGCGCCGCUGCUUUGGUUCCUCAAGAGUCCGCCGACGAAGGAGGAAAAGAAGUCGCUGUUAACUGGUGAUAAGCCAUCAGUUCGCUACGUAACGUACCAGAAUGAGGAAGACGACGAGUAAAUCAAUCUUUAGCCCAAAAAUGAAACGAAACAAACUUAUUAGUUGAUAUUAGUUAAAACUAAAUAAUUGUAUAGAGAGUACAACAUAUAUAAAAUGUAAUUGUAUUGAAUGUUGCAAGAUAUUUAACAUUUAUCAAAAUCAAAACCAAUAAUCUUGUCGUUAAAACAAAACAUUAACAUUCGGAUAGAAGUCGCAUCGAGACAAAUCAAAGUUUACUUCAAAAUCUUUACAAAAUAGAAAGAUCCACGUUUGGAUUAUCGUGAAUGGCUGCACGUAAUCCUGUCCCCACGAAAAAAAAUAUGGCGGAGACGUGGCAAUAAGAUAUCUUUCACAUUUCGGAAUAAAGAUAUAAAAUUUAAUUGGAAUGAUGAACAUUUUAAGCGCUUCUAUCUUCUUGCCCGACCAGACAUAGUCAUUGUGUGUGAGUGUCUGUAUGUGUAAAUAAGAUUUAGUUAAACUUAAGCUCAGAACAAUUAAGCAAACGAACGUCAAACACAUGACAGAAACAUUUAAAGAGAAUUGCUGAGCCAAUCAAAAGUAACGUCAUCAGUGGUAAAAGUCUUUUUCUUGAUGGAGUUGAUUACAAACAAGCAAAACCUAAAAACAAAGUAUAAGCCCGGUAAGCUAUGGGGACCUAAAUAUUACUGUGCAACUUGUACACUUAUACCAUUAGCAGAUAAGCACUUAUUAUGAUGCAAAAAAGGUAAAACAACAAAUAUAAUCAAAAAACGUAUCGUAAUCAGCAAUUAGAAUUAAUUAUAGUUAUAAAAUACUAACGAUAGUUGCUUUACUAAUUGUGCCGGUCGUUUGUCAUUUAUAAGUAUAUUAAGACGUGAUGGAUUCGUCAAAAAGCAAAUAUAUUUUCGGUUUUUUGAUUAACGAGCACGCAAACAUGCGGGAUAUACUUUUUAACGAUGAGAGUGCGCGGAAAUUUUCAUACACGUUUUCUUGAAACCUUCGCGGGCGUGCGGCGCACCGCCUCCCAGAAGAAGAUUAUUGUGAGGAGACAAUAAUCAUCAUUGUAAUCAUCACGAAAGAAAUGUGGUCGAAACAAAAGAAAGAAACAUUUGUUUCAUUUAACCAAUAAAUGGUUGAAGCAAAAGAAGUCAAAGUAACCGACAAAACACAAAACAGUAAAUGUUUGCUGUAAACUGUUUGGUUGAUGACAAAUAAAAAGACACUUUGUGACGGCAGUGCUUAAUUGCGUCACCGAGAAUAAAAAAUGUUUGUUUUCAGUUAGAUAAACAAAACUUUGUUUUCAAGCUGGUAAGGGUCCGAACAACAAUACACAACAUAUUAAGACAACCGCUAACACUAAUUUGUGUCUAUAAAUAGUAAUCGUGUGCUUAUAUUGGAAGUGUAAUACUAUUUAAGUACUGUGUAAUGCAAAACAAGAGCGCGGUUGUCCACGUAUAUAUUGCGUAAGAAAAUAUCACAUAUGAUAUCAAUGUUUAUAUUGUGCGUUGCAAAGAAGAUGAUGAUGAUGAUGAUACUUAACAGGACCAAAAGGGAUAUGACAUAUUUUUGGUACCUGUAAUAUGAUUAUAGUACCUAAUGUAUAAUUAGAUAUUAAUUACUAGUUACAAAGCGCAAACUGUUAUUAGUCGCAAAUUGUUACCUAACAAAUGUACUCCGUACUAUAUUAUUCAUAAUAUCUAUACCUACAUUGUAUUGAAACAUGCAGUAUUAAACUAUUAGUGAUCGGAAGUUUUGGGAGAAUCGUGAUUGCAAACGCAGUGCGAAAUCCGGUAAGGCAACGUUCAGUUAUAACGAAAUUGCAGAUCAAUGUUUUAAUGUAUAAUUUGUGGUGCAAAAUAAAUGGUACAAAAAAUUAUAAUCUAAA